AUGUCCACGCCCCGCGCCAUCCGCACCGUCAUCCACGCCGCCGAGCAAGCCGAGGGCGCCGGUGCCCGCGUCCGCCGCUCCAUCGGCACCCCUCGCCUGCGCAACCUGACGCCCUUUCUCAUGCUCGACCACUUCAACGUCGAGCCCGGCGCCGGGUUCCCGGACCACCCCCACCGUGGACAGGAGACCAUCACCUACAUCCUCGAGGGCGCCGUCGACCACGAGGACUUUGCCGGGAACCGCGGCACCCUCGGCCCCGGCGACCUGCAGUUCAUGACGGCCGGCCGCGGCAUCGUCCACGCCGAGAUGCCCCGCAACGACCCGCACGGCACCCCCAACGUCGGCCUCCAGCUCUGGGUCGACCUGCCCCGCCACCUCAAGGCCUGCGAGCCGCGCUACCGUGACCUCCGCGCCGCCGAGAUCCCCGCCGUCGACGUCGACGCCGGCCGCGCAACCGUCAAGGUCAUCUCGGGCCGCAGUCACGGCAUCGACUCUGUCAAGGACCUCGCCUACACCCCCGUCUGGAUCCUCGACGUCGUCCUCCGGCCCGCCGCCACCGUCUCCCAGCCCCUGCCGCCCGGCUGGAAUGCCUUUGCCUACGUCCUCGAGGGCGAAGUCUGGUUCGGCGAGGGCGACGCGCGCACAAAGGUCGAGCAGUACCACAACGCCGUUUUCGAGCCCGACGGCGAUCUCAUCCACGUCGAGGCCGAUGCACAAGCCACCAAGCCCAGCCGUCUAGUCAUCGUCGCCGGCACUCCCCUCGACCAGCCCAUCGUCCAGUACGGCCCCUUUGUUGUUGACUCAAAGGACGCCGUCUACCAAGCCAUCUCCGACUUCCAGACCUGCACCAACGGCUUCGAGCGCGCGAGGGACUGGAAGAGCCAGAUUGGCCAGUCCAUGGGCUCUUGA